CCCGCGCUGUCGUGACGUCAUCGCCGCGACGGGGAGAGCGCGGGCGCGGGGCCCGGGACCGAUCCAGGCCGCCAUGACCAAGCUGGGGCAGUGGCUGUGUGGACUCGCCUUGCUGGGCUCGGCCUGGGCCGCGCUGGCGCUGGCGCCGCCGGGGCUGCGGCUACCGGCCCCGUACCGACAGGCCCUGCUGCCCCUGCCCGUCUACCUGCUGGUGGCCUUCGGCUGCUACUCCCUGGCCACCGUGGGCUACCGCCUGGCCACCUUCAAUGACUGCGAGGAGGCGGCUGCCGAGCUGCAGGAGCACAUCAGCGCGGCGCGGGCGGACCUGCGCCGACGAGGGCUGCGCUUCUGACCCCAAUAAAGCUGAGGACGGCGGCUGCCUGUGGCGUACGGUGCUCGCGGGGGGCCGGGGGGCCUCCGGCUGCGGCUCACCUCUGGGCGGUGCUGCCUUGGUUGGGGGCUACAGGCAGCCAAGAACCCUGGGGCGCUGCUCAGAGCCGCGCUGGUGGGAAAUCGCUCGUCUCUCCCUCGUGUGAGGCUGGCGUUCAGGGAGGAGGGGUCUGCACGCAGGCCCGGGGUCCCACUCAGCGCUUCCACCACCCUGCAGAGGCUUCAGGGAGCCCGGCCGGUCCCAGCCCGUCCUCUCCCUCUCUGAGCUUCUUAGAGCUUGGCUCUCGAGGCAGGGAUGCAAGGUGGCGAGGACAGGAUCAGGCCUCGCCCCACAGGCCUGCGGCGUUCCCGGCUGCCCUUCAGAUGUGGUUCACACCGUCAGGUGGGAGCUGGAGAAGACUCAUCCCGGCAUCGCUGGCUGGUUUCCAGGAGAAGGAGAAGAGAGGCUGGCUGGGUGGAGCAGGCGGCACAGCCUUUAAAAUGCAGAGUGCCCAGAGCCUGUGGUCUCCCCCGGCCUGCCGGGGCGGCUCAGCCCGUGCUGGGGGGCUGCUCCCUGCUCCUGCGAGUGCAGCGGCUGCCGCUCAUCUGCCGCAACCUUCGCGGGCAGCGGCAGGCAGACGUGCCGGAGCACCGCGCCGGGCUUCUGGGGAAGGGGGGUGGGCACCCUGCAGCGGAGGUGUCCCUGCGGCAGGUGGGGGGGGGGGCUCUGGCUGGCCUCUGUCCGGGGGUGCCCCUCUGUCCGGGGCUGCCUGGGACCCGGCGCUGCCGGCCCAGCUGGAAGAGCUGUGCGGCUGGUGGUGACGCAUGCCGGGGCCUGCCUUCCUGGCAGCCUCCCCAGCUUCUUCGCAUACCAGCCAAAGGACUUUCUUGUUUUUAAUUAUCGGCUGCGCAUCCUUCUGCAAAAAGGAGCAGUUGGUAUCAUGAGGGAGGACUCGGGCUAAUUAGCAGGAGCGACUAAUUAGCUGUUUCCUGAGCAACAAUGGCAGCUCAGAGCAGGGUGGGCAGCUCCUGUGGUCUUGCCUGUGUGCGGCUGUUUGUGGGAUGGCACCACCCCAGAUUUGGCGAAGCGGUGCCUUUCUGGGGCAGGGACCGCAGCCUUGGUGCAGGGCAAGGACAGCAGCCCUCCCUGGGCUACUUGUGGCCCUCUGCAGGCUACUCAUGGCCAUCCAGGGGCUACUCCCAGCCCUCCAGCAGCUCAGCAGGCAGCAGCACGAUGGCAGCUUCUCCCUGUACGGACACAUGCCCGCUGCAGGCGUUUGUGUCCCCGGGAGAUGCUCCGCUUGCCUCCGGCCUCGCACGUGGGGCUGUGUCGUGGCCGCUCCUGCGAGCCACUCGCAGCACACACCAGCCGGAGCAACCAGUCAGCAGCCAAGGUUCUGCCUGGUGUGUCAGUGGGGAAAGCUGCCCUCUCCCAAGGCGGUUGGUCCUUCACCAGGGCUGGGAGCUGCACCUCGGUGCUGGGGUGGGGAGCAGGGGCUCCUCCCCGCUGGGAAACAGGGCUGCUGCGGCUGGGGGAGCGAGCGUGGCCCCAGGGCGAGUCCCUGGGGCAGAGACACCUGCAAGUGCAGCCAGUGCGGGCGAGGGGAGCCCCAGCUCCGCAGCAGCAAGAUGGAGCACGCCGGGCAAGCCCGGCAGCCAUGCCGGCUGGAGUUGUGUGCCGCAGCACAGCGGGAGCUCGUCUUCCCCUCCAGCCACCACUCUCAUCUCGGCCCUGUUCCUGCCGCUCACCUCUGUAUUGAUUUUUCCCAGGCCACGUCGCAAGGUGUAAACGAGCGUCUGAGCCGUAGCACGGGCUCUGCCAAAGUCGUCACCGCUUCCUUAAUCCGGCUUGCGUCAUCCGGGAUGGAGGAUGUGCCCGUGCCGAUGGAGCUGCAGGGAACGAUGGGGCUCCUUGUCCUGGGGGGGGGGGGUCUCCCGCCCCCGCAAGAGGGAACACGCCGCAUUUCACAAGGCUCCGGUUUCUGUUGUGUAAUUUGGUCACCCAAACACGCUCCUGUCCCCUCCGCUGA